CUGCCUCCUUCACAGAACUCACUUCCAUUUCAGCUUACUUCCAAAUCGUCUGAAUGGGAGCAACAAUUCUGCCAGAUCUCGGCGCCGAGAUUCUGAUUCCGCUUUGUGCAGUGAUUGGAAUUGGCUUCUCUUUGCUUCAGUGGGUGCUCGUUUCAAAAAUCCAGUUGUCUCCUUCCAGAGCCUCCUCCAAGUCAUCGGUUAACAGUGGAGCCGGCGCCACCAACCGAAACGGCUACUCCGACUAUCUUAUCGAAGAGGAGGAAGGCAUUAAUGACGAUAACGUCGUCCUUAAAUGUGCCGAAAUUCAAAGCGCCAUUUCUGAAGGGGCUUCCUCAUUCCUUUUCACUGAAUAUCAAUAUGUUGGUGUUUUCAUGGUUGUGUUUGCAAUCUUGAUUUUCGUUUUCCUUGGCUCUGUUGAGGGUUUCAGCACAAAGAGCCAACCUUGCACAUAUGAUCGAUUCAAGAUGUGUAAGCCUGCUCUUGCAACUGCUGCCUUCAGCACUAUAUCUUUCUUGCUUGGUGCUGUAACUUCAGUGGUUUCUGGCUUCCUUGGGAUGAAAAUUGCUACCUAUGCAAAUGCAAGAACCACCUUGGAGGCAAGGAAAGGAGUUGGGAAGGCUUUUAUCGCUGCAUUUAGAUCUGGUGCUGUUAUGGGUUUUCUCCUUGCUGCAAAUGGUCUUUUGGUGCUUUUCAUUGCCAUUAACCUAUUCAAGCUAUACUACGGUGAUGACUGGGCUGGCCUUUUUGAGGCUAUAACUGGUUAUGGCCUUGGAGGUUCUUCCAUGGCUCUCUUUGGUAGAGUCGGUGGAGGUAUAUACACGAAAGCUGCUGAUGUUGGUGCUGAUCUCGUUGGCAAGGUUGAGAGGAACAUUCCUGAGGAUGAUCCAAGAAAUCCAGCUGUCAUUGCUGACAAUGUUGGUGAUAAUGUUGGGGACAUAGCUGGUAUGGGAUCGGAUCUUUUUGGCUCAUAUGCUGAAUCAUCCUGUGCUGCCCUAGUGGUUGCAUCAAUCUCUUCCUUUGGAAUCAAUCAUGAGUUAACAGCAAUGUUGUAUCCUCUCAUUAUUAGUUCAGUGGGAAUAAUUGUUUGUUUGCUCACCACCUUAUUUGCAACCACUAAGGCCUUUGAGAUCAAGGCUGUAAAAGAAAUUGAGCCGACCUUGAAGAGGCAACUCAUCAUCUCCACUGUUCUGAUGACCGUUGGAAUUGCAAUUGUUAGUUGGAUAGCUGUUCCGUCUUCCUUCACCAUCUUCAAUUUUGGAACCCAAAAAGUUGUUAAGAACUGGCAACUGUUUUUAUGUGUUGCUGUUGGUCUCUGGGCUGGGCUCAUUAUUGGAUUUGUAACUGAGUACUAUACAAGCAAUGCAUACAGCCCUGUGCAAGAUGUUGCUGAUUCCUGCCGAACUGGAGCUGCCACUAAUGUUAUUUUCGGCCUUGCAUUGGGCUACAAAUCUUGUAUUAUUCCUAUUUUUGCUAUCGCAAUCAGCAUUUUUGUUAGUUUCAGUUUUGCUGCAAUGUAUGGUGUUGCUGUUGCGGCCCUCGGAAUGCUCAGCACUAUAGCUACUGGAUUGGCCAUUGAUGCUUAUGGUCCUAUCAGCGACAAUGCUGGAGGCAUUGCUGAGAUGGCAGGCAUGAGUCAUAGAAUCCGAGAAAGAACUGAUGCACUUGAUGCUGCAGGAAACACCACUGCCGCUAUUGGGAAGGGGUUUGCUAUUGGUUCUGCAGCUCUUGUGUCGCUAGCCCUUUUUGGUGCCUUUGUGAGCCGUGCAUCUAUUUUAACAGUUGAUGUUUUGACUCCAAAAGUUUUCAUUGGUUUGCUUGUUGGUGCUAUGCUCCCUUACUGGUUCUCUGCCCUGACAAUGAAGAGUGUGGGAAGUGCAGCUUUAAAGAUGGUUGAGGAAGUGCGCAGGCAAUUCAAUACCAUCCCUGGUCUCAUGGAGGGCACUACCAAACCCGAUUAUGCUACCUGUGUUAAGAUUUCCACUGAUGCAUCCAUUAAAGAGAUGAUCCCACCCGGUGCUCUCGUCAUGCUCACACCCCUCAUUGUCGGGAUCUUCUUUGGUGUGGAAACUCUCUCCGGUGUCCUUGCUGGUUCUCUUGUCUCAGGUGUUCAGAUUGCUAUCUCUUCGUCCAACACGGGUGGUGCUUGGGAUAAUGCCAAGAAGUACAUCGAGGCUGGUGCAUCGGAGCAUGCUAGAACUCUUGGUCCUAAAGGAUCAGAUCCACACAAGGCAGCUGUUAUCGGAGACACAAUCGGAGAUCCUUUAAAGGACACAUCUGGACCGUCUCUCAACAUCCUAAUCAAGCUAAUGGCUGUUGAAUCACUUGUGUUUGCUCCCUUUUUUGCUACACAUGGUGGCCUGCUUUUCAAGCUAUGGAACUAGAGAGCAUGACGGACGAACAGCCGGAGAUAGCAUACCCACCCUUCUUUCCACCCAGAGGUUUUUCUGUGUACUCCCCUUUGAUUCCCUAAAAUUCGAAAAAGAAAAUUAAAAAAAUUCUUUUUCCUUAGUC